AUGAAAUGUAAACAGGCAGAAAAUAAGUUGAUGGCUAUGAGAGAAAAACUUGUCAAUACAAUCAUAGAAAAAUUAGAAGUCGCAGAUCUUAAUGAUGACACGAAAUCAUUGAAUAAUUACGCUGUUAACACAACACAAGUACAUAUUGAGAAAGAAACAGUAUAUAGAGAAGAUAAUGAAGAGAAUUUAGUAAAAAAAUCACAAGAAAAUAAAGUUAUAAAGACAUCCGAGAGUAAUCUAUAUGAAUUUGAUGAAACAGAUCCGUCUAAAAAACGUGUUGUGUGUAAGUUGUGUCAGAGAAAGUUAUCGAUGAGGAGCCUCUGGUCACACAUAACUCGGAGACAUCCCGGAGCUGAUGACCGACGAGUGAAGUGCGAGCUGUGUGAUGAUUAUAUACUGAGGGAGAAGAUGAACCGACACAAGAUAUUGAUGCAUGGAGAUAAAUAUAGAUGCCGAUACUGCAAAACCGAGUUUGAUGGCCGGGAAAGUCUUGUGGAGCAUGUAGUGACCUGCUGCAUGAAGAAGAGAAGGAAAUCAUAUGAAUCGAGCAGGGAGAUGUGUGAGUGUGAAGUGUGUCACAAGAGGAUGCAGCGGGCCAGCCUCAAGGUCCACAAGGCGGUCAAGCAUUCUGGACUGAAGCCGGUUUGUGAGCACUGCGGCAGGUGUUUCGGUAAUAAAUUAAGGUUGGAGGAGCACAACCGCUCUAAGCAUGGAUACGAGAAGUUCAAGUGUUCCACCUGCGACUUCCAGAGCGCCUCCAAGCUGGCUAUGAAGAACCACGAGCGCCGUCACCGAGGCGAGAAGCCGUUCGUGUGUGAGGCGUGUGGAGCGAGCUUCCACGCGAGCUACCUGCUGCAGCAACACAAACAGUCUCACAGGAUCGAGAGGAAGUAUAAGUGCUCCUCGUGCCCCGCCAGCUUCAAGUCCACCAACAGCCUGCACGGUCACCGCCGCGCGUGUCACAGUAGGGGCCGCGUGUCGUGCGCGCUGUGUCGCCGGGUGUACAGCUGUAGACACUACGCGCUCAAACACAUGAGGACUGUACACGGAUGUGAGGGACCAGUACAUACUGUUGAUGUACAGACAUGA